AGACUUUGCGGGUGCAAAAGACGAGAUUUAUGAAAGAAGUGCUUGAGCUUUAUGUACUUUAUUUUCCUGUCUGGCGAAUAAUUUGUUAACACGUUAAAAACAUGCUGAUUAAAUUUUCUAGGAAUUUCGUGGUGUUAUAUUUAAUUGUAAUAAUUCACCUUUCUCAGAGUAAAAAGUCUGGAAAGGAAAAGCCUGCAUGGGCUAAAAAAGAUAUCAGAGACUAUACUGAUGCCGAUUUGGAGCGUUUAUAUGAUCAGUGGGAGGAGGAUGAUGAGCCUUUGGAACCUGAUGAAUUGCCUGAGCAUUUGAGACCUAAACCAAAAAUAGAUUUCUCUAACAUAGAUACAAAAAAUCCAGAAAAUUUAUUGAAAAUGGCUAAGAAGGGCCAGACUUUAAUGGCAUUCAUUACUGUGUCUGGCAAUCCCACUGAGCAAGAAACAGAAAAAAUAACUUCUUUGUGGCAAACCAGUUUAAUGAAUAAUCAUAUAAAUGUUGAGAGAUACCCGAUAGGGCAAGACAGAGUUAUAUUUAUGUUUAAAGAUGGCAGCCAGGCAUGGGAAGCAAAAGAUUUCUUAGUUGAGCAAAAACGAAUGGAGGUCGUUUCUAUAGAGAAUAAAGAGUAUUAUGGAAAAUAUAGUUCUAAGAAAAAUAAAGGAAAGAAAGAUGAGUUAUGACACUGAUGCCAUGUUAAUGUGUCCUGAAAAGAAUAUGCAUUGCUCAUGUGUAUAUCCUGAAUCUCUAUUUUUUAUAUAGUAUUUCUUUUGCAAAUAUAACUUUUCCAAAAAUGUUGUAAAGUGUAUGCUAACUGAGUAUUCUUUGCAUUUAUUUUAUACUGAAAUUUUUGUACUUCACAUUGCAUUAAAUAUACAUUAGAUUACACAAACUCCAACAAAUAUUCAUAUAUAUUUAAUAUACUGUAUUGAAAUUUAUCUGAUAAUUUUAACUUACUUUUUUUUUAUUUUGGUUCCAUUAAAUGUAUUUGUUUUAUUUUGCUUUUGUAAAAGAACAAGGUAAAUCUUUCAUGUAAAUUUUCUCUUCAAUUAUGGAAAUUCUUUUGGAGGAGGGGGAAUAUCUGAAUAUUUUAAUUUUGCAGUGUGAAAACUUAGUCUAUUACAUUUUCUCAAUAACAUAAUUUGGAAUUAUUUUAUAUUAUAUAUAGGUUAGACAGUUUUUAAAAAUUUCUUGAUUUGCUAUCAGUAUUGUUCUUAAUGAAGUUCAGGUGUAUAUAUAUUGUAAGGAUGUAUAUUUUUGUUGUUCAUGUUAAACCUUUAAUCAUGAAGUUAUAUUUCAAGAUUAUAUGUGUUAAAUUAAGCGAUGCUUAUGACAAUUAUUUUCUUUUAAUAGUAAAGUAUAAAUUUCAAAUUGAAAAAUGAUGUCCUCUCUCUUUAAUACUGAAUGCAGGCUGACAAUAGUAUGCUUUAUUGUCUUUUAAAUUUAUUUUGGGUUUUUGUUGUUCAUGUUAUUUUUUAUUUUUGUUGUUCAUGUUAAACCUUUAAUCAUGAAGUUAUAUUUCAAGAUUAUAUGUGUUAAAUUAUGCGAUGCUUAUAACAAUUAUUUUCUUUUAAUAGUAAAGUAUAAAUUUCAAAUUGAAAAAUGAUGUCCUCUCUCUUUAAUACUGAAUGCAGGCUGACAAUAGUAUGCUUUAUUGUCUUUUAAAUUUAUUUUGGGUUAAUAUAUACAAUUUUUAUUAACAGAGGAAGAAAGAAAAUGUUAUUAAGUCUAAUUAGAUUUUGUGAUUAAUUUAUUUAUAAUCAUAUUACUGAAAUUGUUAUGAACAAAUACUGCAUUAAUGCAAUAUGAACUGUGCAUUUCAAUUUUUUCCCUUUUUUUUUUGAUCAAAUGUAAUUUAUUUAUAAACCAUGAACUACUAACUUGAAGGUUUUCAUUCUCAUACAUUUAAUUCUGAUUGCCAAUGUUGCAAAAGGUAUAUUGAACUCUUGAUUAUCUGUACUAUUCAGUGCAUGAAUACAUAACAAUCCCAAAAUAUAGAUGUUCUGAAAAUGGUCUUGGGUACCAUGAAAAAUCAACCCUUUAUUGGUUUAAAGAAAACAGCAUAUAUUAUAUUGUGUAAAAUAAGUUUUAAUUAUAAUAAUGAAACUUAGAUUUACAGCUGUUCUUAUAACAAAAUUCUUAGAUAACUUACUUGCAGGUCAAGUUGACAUUAUUUUGUGCAAUAUUACAAAUACUACACAAAGUUAGGAUGUCAUUGUUCUCAUUUUCAGUUUAUUGGCUCAUACUGUCUUAAUAGCUUAUCUACACAAAUCAGUGCUAAAUGGUUUAUUCCCCUCCCUGCUAUUUUAUUCUAAUUUUUCUAUGUUACUAUUUUCAGAAUGUUACAUUACUGAAUUCAGAAUAUUUUUUUUAUGAUAAAAAUCCUAUAUCUUAGCAGAAAUGAAAGCUGUGUAGCAAAAUGAACUGUUCUUCCAUGCUUUCUUCAUUUACAUUUUAGAUCUUGAUCACCCAAAGCAGUUUUAAAAAGGCUUGAUGUAUUACAUAAUUUCAUGGGGAAAAUCUUCCUCCUUUAUAACGCAAGGGAUUAGUUUUUCAGAUAUGAAUUAGUGUUGAGUUUUUAACUUUAUUACAAGGCUUAGCAAUAAAUUGCAUCGCAAUAAGAUUUGUGAAUUUCCUCAGAAACUUUCAAGUACAAUUGUCAAAGAUAUUUUUUUCUUUAUUAGAUCACAUAUACACACUAUAAAUAAAUAACCAGGAAAGAUCACAUAUAAAUAACCAGGACUUCAGUGCAUUUACAUCAGUUUGCCUUUUGAGAACAGUUUUAUUGAAAAUCCAGAACACAUAUUGCAGCUAAUAUGUAUUCAUUUCAUUUUUUCAAAUGUUAUAAACUUUCUCUGAAAUAAUCUUUUUUAUACUAGAACUAGGCCAUUGAAUUUAUGUAAAUUUUUUCUUUAUAAAGUAGAAAAGUAUUCUCAAAACCUAUAACUUCAAUUUAAAAUUUGAUUAUAAUUUUUGAAUUUUGAAUAUUUGAACAAUCAUGUAUGAAAUUGUACCUGAGAAAACUAUUGAAUUUCAUAUGUAAGAACUUGUCAAUUAUAAAUAGCUGCAGCUUAUAUAUGUUUGCUGCCAUCAUGUCUGGGUUUUCCUAUGCAUUGUUAAAAAUGAGUUCAAUCAGAUUUUUUUACCUUCAUGUGUUGUAAUGGGAAAAGGAAAUAAAAUGGUUGCAUAUUUAUUCA